AUAAAACAAAAGUGGGUGUACAUUGCAGCCUCGUUUUCAUCGUAAUCAAAUUGCAAAUGGCUGCCAUUUGUGAAGGAUGAUACACCUCCCACCUCAAAUUUGAUGAUUUUGUAAAGUUUUGCAGCUUAAAUAAAGAAACAGUCAGUUGACAGGGGACUAGGAUAAAGAAACAAAGAUGCCUGCAGUAAAGGGAGAUGGCAUGCGCGGCCUCGCAGUCUUUAUCUCAGAUAUUCGAAACUGUAAAAGUAAAGAAGCUGAGAUAAAGAGAAUCAAAAAAGGAAAUUUGAGACACAAAAGACUGAAAGAGAGCGCGCGCUUACGUGGUUUGGGGUGUUACGGUCAUCGCCAGAUAUUAUUCCAAUGGGAGAGUGGACAUCCAGAAUUAUACAUCUACUCAAUGACCAACACAUGGGUUGGGGACAGCAGCGCAAGACCAAAUCUUCUAGUCAGAGCAUGUAACCAAUUAGGACAGUUUUUACAACAUAGGGAAACUAAUUUAAGAUACCUUGCAUUAGAAAGUAUGUGUCUAUUAGCAACAUCAGAAUUUUCACAUGAAGCUGUCAAAAAACAUCAAGAGACAGUCAUCACAGCUUUAAAGACUGAACGUGAUGUAAGUGUACGACAGAGAGCAGUGGACCUUUUGUAUGCAAUGUGUGAUAGAACAAAUGCCGAGGAGAUUGUUGGUGAAAUGUUGGAGUACCUGGAAUCAGCAGAUUAUUCCAUCAGAGAAGAAAUGGUGUUGAAGGUAGCCAUAUUGGCAGAGAAGUAUGCAGUGGAUUACACGUGGUAUGUAGAUGUUAUCCUUAACCUGAUACGUAUAGCCGGAGACUACGUGAGCGAGGAGGUCUGGUAUAGAGUCAUUCAAAUUGUGAUCAACAGGGACGAUGUCCAGGGAUAUGCAGCAAAAACUGUGUUUGAGGCAUUGCAAGCACCGGCCUGUCAUGAAAACAUGGUGAAAGUUGGGGGAUACAUCCUUGGUGAAUUCGGCAACUUGAUAGCUGGCGAUCCCAGAUCAAGCCCUCUAGUCCAGUUUCAACUUCUACACUCGAAAUACCACCUGUGUUCUCCAUCAACUAGGGGUCUCCUCUUGUCGACAUAUAUCAAGUUUGUUAACUUGUUCCCAGAGAUUAAAAAUACAAUACAAGAUGUAUUAAAAAGUGAUAACAAUAUGCGUAAUUCUGAUGUAGAGCUGCAACAAAGAAGUAUUGAGUAUUUACAACUUAGUUCUUUAGCAACUGCUGAUGUGCUGGCAACAGUGUUAGAAGAGAUGCCACCAUUCCCAGAGCGCGAGUCGUCUAUCCUUGCGAAGCUGAAGAAGAAGAAACCAUCGAGUGUUCCAGAAGGUAGCGAACAGAAAGAACAUACGGCAACCAAACUUCCUGCAGCCCAGAUGUCAAAUAAUGUAGAACCGAACCCACCUACUACAAUAAAUCUAAUGUCUCAGGCUGAUGCACUGGUGUCAGUGUCUGAACCACCAGCAGUGAUCACACUUGCCCAGAACCUGGAGGCCACACCUGCUGCAGCUGGUUCAGAUGUUCCAUCACUCACUCUGACCACAUCAACCGGAAUCACGCUGGAAGGCUUCGAAACUGGGGAGAGCAGUACAGACGACAUUGUGGAAAAAGGAUCCCCAGUGGGUGGUUCAGCAACAGUUGAUCUGCUAGGACUUGGCACACCAACACAGACAUCAGCACCCACUAUAGGUGGUAAUGGGGAUGGCCUACUAGUGGACAUGUUUGAUACUCUAACAAGCACACAGCCAGCACCUGCUACCAAUGGCAUGGACCUUGGUGGACUCACAGGUGGUGCUGAGGAAGCUUUUAAAAGGUUUAUAUGUAAGAACAACGGUGUACUCUUCGAGAAUGAUCUCUUACAAAUUGGUGUAAAGUCCGAGUACCGGGAGGAUUUGGGCAGGUUGUGGGUGUUCUACGGUAACAAGACAACAUUCCAACUUAAUGCAUUCUGUGUGGAUAUCAGUCAGCCUGGAGGACUUAGUGAAAGUUUAAGUAUUCAACAGAAGGCAGUGGGUAGUGAGGUGGAGGCUGGUGCGCAGGUGAAACAACAGUUCAAUAUGGCGUGUGUACAGGAAUUUGCUGAUGCACCAAUUAUGAGUAUACAGUUCUUGUAUAGUGGCUCACAACAGAAGAUUACAUUGAAGUUACCUGUUGUUUUAAAUAAAUACAUCACACCAGCAGAAAUGGACGCUACUACAUUCUUCAAUAGGUGGAAGGCACUCAGUAGCCCAAGUCAAGAAAGUCAGCAGAUAUUUAAAGCAACAUCUCCUAUGGAUUCAGAACAGAUCAAGUCUAAGCUGAUUGGGUUCAGUGUAAGUGUGCUGGAAGGUAUUGAUCCUAAUCCGGAGAACUUUGUGUCCGCUGGGGUGUUACACACAAGAAAUCAACAAGUUGGUGUACUUGUUAGAUUGGAGCCAAAUAAACAAGCACAGAUGUACAGAUUAACAGUGAGGGCAAGCCGAGACAGAGUGGCCAAAAUUUUGUGUGAUCUUCUACAGUCACAAAUUUGAUUCUUUUAACACAAUGUUAGAUGGACCUGUUUGUAAAAUCAGGAUAGUUGUGUCUACAAAUAAAGAUCGGACUUCAGCAUUGAGAUUCGACAAACCUUUCAUCAGUAUCUUCUUUAAGUGUAACCACUAGGGGAUAGAAAAAAGACAUGAAUUACUGAACAAAAGUGAAGAGGGUUUCAACAUCAAUCCUGUGUUACUACAACAUUUUGUGAUUAAAAUCUCAACUGUGAGAGUCUUAACAUGUGGCUAUAAAAACAAUAAAAAUAUAUUGGUGUGUAUUGUAUGUUGAAGACAUUGCCAUAUUUGGAAGGGGUUUCAAUGCCAUGUUGAUACACAGAGUUACAUUUGAUGAAUUGUAGUCUUCAUUUUUGAUAGGCUUUAAAAAAUGUUUGAAAGAGUACUUUAUAUAUGUAAUAUUUUCAUUUUUGACAUUUGAAAUGGGACCAUUCAGUAGAAGAGUAGCAAGUACAAAAUUAACAUUGAUAAAUGGGUAGAUUUUCUUGAUAGCUCCCAAAAAUUUGGCAAACAGCCAGAAUUGGGCUGCUUGCUAAAUAAUUGGCAGACAGUCAGAAAUUGUUGUGUUUUUUCAACUUAGCUGUGUGAUACAAUUAGAAGUAGCAUGUACAUAUUGCGUGCAGUUAAAAAUUGUAACUAGAAAUAUUUAUAUGUCGUAUCAAACGCUGUGCAAUUCCAUUCACUGUAUGUCUUGUUCUGUUUUAUUUUAAAAUGACUUCUAUACCUGUUAUAAAAUGUUGUUGAAACUUUGGUUCAUCUGCGUGGUCAUGUUAGAUUUUUUUCAUGGGUAUCUGAUUCAUUUAAUUUCUGAUCCUAUGGACUGUAGUUAUUUGCUAGUAAUUAAAAGAUUUACAAUAUUUAAAAGGACUUUUCAGUUGUUUAGGUCGACACAAAAUGAAAAGAGUAUUUAACAGUUUUAGAAUGAUAUUCCAUAGAAGUCCAUUUUGCUAUAAUGGUAAAUAUAUUGUCCCCCCGUGUGCUAAAAGUGGAGAAAUGCACUGAUGUGAAGAUGCUUUUAUCCACAUUUUGCUCCAAGGUAAAUAUUGCAUUAUUUUCAUUGACAUUUUUGUGUGAACUAUGUUGAAUAUCCCCUCAAUUAGGUGAACAGUGAGAAAGUUUUGGUUUCCAUAUCGGAAAGUUUUUAUGUUCCUUCUGUUUUAAAUUGUAUAUUUUUUAUGUGUUUGAACAUCAUGCUCAGAAAUAAAAUGGAAACUUCAUUUGUAGAGGAAAAAUGGACCCUACUGUUCUGAGUCAUAGUUGUGUUAAUUUUGUAAUUAAUGGCUCCGGUGGUUGAAUUAUCAUGGAAUGUUUUUUGUUGAGUUUCUAUGAAUUUGAAUGUAUUCCCCUGAAGUAUUAAUGCACAGAUUAAAUAAUUUUCUGCUUGUUAAAACAAUGACUUACUUACCAGAACUUUUUUCCAAAGCACCAGGCUUUACAUGUUAUUUAUUUGCAAAAUCUUCAAUUUUGACAUUAGAUAAGUUUAAUUGACUUUUGGGUUUGAAUGGACUAAAAAAAAGUGUAUUAGGUGUUUAUAUGAAUAACACAAAUGAGGCUUCCUACCAAAGUUGAUAAAUGUCGUUGAUGUUAUUACAUGUAUAUCAUGUUUUGUUUGGAGUUGUGACUUGACUAUUGAUUUUUUGUUGACUGAGAGUCAGAGAGGAAAAUGCUAAAAAUGAUGGCUAUUGCAUCUAAUUUCUGGAAAGAAUUUUGUGCUACUGCAAUUCCUGUGGUUGAAAGUUGCAUUGUGUGUUUGCAUACUGACACAGAACCAUUUUGUAUUGCUGCUUUGUGCUUCAUAUGCAUUCCAUGUUACACAACUCCCAUAGAUACAUUAUAGAGGUUUGAACCCACUAAAGGUCAUGUUUCACUAUUUUUUAGAUACAUAGAACCUUCUACAAGUGCUAUACCAGUUACCAGCAAUAUCGUUUUUGUUGUGUUUGUGUUUGUUGUAGUUAAAUAGAAAUUUGGAAGUACCAUCUUUUUUCAUUAGGAAUCUUCACAAAAUUUGGAACCAAGAACUUGAGGUUUCAUAUUUCAUUGUUUUCAAAUCUUUUUCUACUGCUCUGUGGGUGGUCUAAUAGCAUUCCAAGGGAAUGGAUAGUGCGGACACUUUCAAGUACGGUCUGGAUUUUGUUAGAUACGGUGCAGACAGUUAGAUACGGUGUGGACACUCUUAGUUACGGUGCAGACUCUUUUAAAGACUAUGUAUUGCAUUCCGAAAGUUGCUUGAGUGCUGAUUGGUAGUUUAUUAGUAUUGUGAUAACGCUUUCUACCCCUCCAUAUCUUCAUAUGGCUUCUCAGUAUGAUAUACUCACUUGUACAUUCUGUAUACUUCAUAUUUUAUGAUCAUAUUGUACAUAGUAGAAUAUCAAAUUCCCUGUGCGGAGACAUUUGUAAUUGGAUGUGAAUAGUGUAUGUGUUUUUGUAAAUGCUAAAAGUAUAUUGUAGGAUAUAUAGAAAAUGUAUCAUAAUUUUGUACAUAUAGAUUGUUUAGUGAUAAUUUUUAUCAUAUAAUGUGUAUUGAAUUGUUUCACACGUGUGAAAUUAUGGUUCCGCAUAAAGAAUUUGAAUGCAGAUUUCAUCUUACUUUGAAGAACUAAAAGAUAUAUUGCAAUAUUUAAAAAGAACAGUAAUCAUAUUUUGAUGGUGGCAUUGAUAAUAUUGUAGAGUAUUAAAUUUAUAUACAGUAAUUCCAGUUUUGGAUGAAAAGUUGAUUGAAAUUUCGUAUAGUGAAAACUCAAGUUUUGAUUUCUGUAUAAUAGAAUAUGAUUAUACAGUUAACAGAUUCAAAUAAUUGAAUUUUCACUGUAUCUGAGAAGUGUGUUAGGCAUGGGUAUAUUGUGUAUCAGUAUUUAUUUAGCACAUUUUUAUAAGAAAAUAUAUUGGUACGGUCUUCAGAAUUACCUGUAUUGAGAGAAAGAAAUGUCACAGGUUUUAUGUAUUGUGAAAGUAUUAAGGGAUAUGUACUUUUCUCCAGUUUUUGUAAUUCAUACAAAGUUAGUAACUUAAUACUUUCUUGACAAACAAUGGUUGGGAAUGUUAGACUUAUUAUUAUAGUAUUAAUUUUCUUAUAAAACUGUUACACAGUAGGUUAGAAUGACAUGAAGGAAAAUAGUCUCUGACCAAGAUAGCUCUAUCAAAACGCAAAGAUUGUUUCAUCUUUGAUGUGACUACUAUUGCAAAUAUAGGGGCAUGAGAGCCAUGCACUUAACAUAUGUAUGAUGUUAUAUGCUACAAGAUUAUGUUUUACAUGAGUGAAAAUUGUAAUGUGUAAAGAUAAAUGUCCACACAAAUCAUAAUUGUAAUGUAUUAUAAUGAUGAUGAAUUCUAACCAGUCAGGUUCUUUUCCACACUUUAUAGCAGAUACAUAAUAUAAAUCCUUUAAUUUACAAACAAGUAGGUUGUGAGUUCGGAGAAGAUAGUUGAAAUAAAUGUUUUGGAAAGCUAAGAUUUUUUAAAGAAGUUAUUGUUUGACAGUUGAGCAGUAAUGGAUGUGCUGAUAUGGUUUGUAAUUGUGCAAUAAUCUAUUUCACCUCAGCUUCUGCGUGUUUUGACGUAUCUUAAGCUUCUUCUUUUAUUAUCACACAAAUGAAAUAUCAAAAUGUGAAUGCUGGUCAUUUUGUGUUUAAAUAUGUAAAAGUCAACUAUUGACAUCAGCAUUAGUUGUACAGGCUCUGCUUAAGAUCAUUGCAAAAGAACCAUGCAUUAUAUAUUUAGAUUGUAACAAUAUUAAAAAGUAUCCAUGCAUUAUAUGCUUAGAUUUUAGUUAUGGGUUAUCAGCAAAAGAUGUUUUUGGCCCACAAUUUCCAUGUUAUUCCAGUCAAAUAAUUGCACAUAGAUGCUUAGAAAGCAUACAAUCUUAAGGCUAAAUGUCUUAAUUGUGUACAUGAAUGAGUUGGUUUUUAUGAUGAUUCCAAGCAAAAUGGUCAUAUAUCACCCAGUUCAUGGUUCUAAUUCAAUACUUCCCCAUAACAUGCCCCAAAGAGUUUUAGAAUGUGAAGCUCUGCUUAUGAACAGACUUGUCUGUGGCUGUCACUAAAAAGACGUAUGGUAGGUGUAAAGUUGUGUGAAAAUGCACAUCUGGACACUUUAAAUUAUGCAUUAUACAUCCCAAGCACAUUAUAGUUUCAGUUGAUAUGUAGUUGUUAGAGUGAAUACAGACAUCGUGUAGGAUAUCCUGUACAUUUAGACUAAACUGAUGUACUUGAUUAAUAUUAUCAUUUUGUUUUAAUGUAUGAAAAUGUUAUGAAUAAAUAAAAAUGUCCAUAUCUGUA